AUGAAAGAAGCCCAUUCCGAAAAACUCCACUUGCAAAACAGCGGCGAAGACGUCUACUCCUAUGAGGUAGAGCUGGAGGGCUCAGAUACCAACACCGACGCCAUCCAAAAGAACUUUUUCUCAUACUUCCGGUACAUCUCCCGCAGACUCGACUCCUUCGGUGUGGAAACGCGCGGGAUCGAGCGUGUGCCGUCGUAUGAACGCUCCACCAACGUGCGCAGACAGUUCCUCCUAGCUUGCGGUCUCUGGCUCUCGGCGGCGGGUGGUUUAUCCUCGAUGUCUGUAUUCUUUCUCGGGCCGCUUCUCUUUGACUUGUCACUCCGGCAGUCACUUAUUGCCGGUCAGAUUCCCCAGCUUAUUGGCUGUGCCGUCGCAGCGUACCUCUCGCUCAUGGGUCCGAAGUCGGGGUGUAGACAGAUGGUGGGCGCGCGCUACCUCUUUGGGUGGUACUUUGUGCGGUUGAUUGCGCUCUGUGCGAUUAUCGGGGUCAUCGGUUGGUCUGUUGUCAAUAGCGUAGUGGGGGGUCAGAUUUUGAACUCUGUGUCUGAUGGUAAGGUCUCACUUGUGGUGGGGAUCAUCAUCAUCUGCGUGAUUUCGCUCGUGGUGGCUGUCUUUGGGAUCAAACAGGUGUUGAAGGUGGAGAUGCUCCUCUCUUUGCCAGUGUUUCUUGGUUUCAUGUUACUCUACAUCUGCGCUGCCUGGAAGUACGGCUCUUUUGUCACGGUCGAUAGUACCCCCGAUCACGAAACCACUAUCGGUAACUCCUUCUCUUUUGCCUCCGUUGCUUACAGUACGACCGCUACCUGGGGUUCUAUCUCUGCCGAUUACUACCUUCUUUUUCCGGAAGAUACAAGCGACACCUACAUUUUCAUGUUGACCUUCUUCGGGUUGGCUCUCCCAACCACCUUUGUGUCUGUGCUCGGGACCUUGAUCGGGAAUAUUGCCCUUGGCUACCAGCCGUGGGGUGAUGUUUAUAAUACCACCGGUAUGGGCGGUCUUCUCCACCAAGCGUUUAUCCACUGGGGCAAGGUCGGCAAGUUCUUUGUCAUGCUUUUGUUCUUGUCUUUGAUCUCCAACAACAUUAUCAACAACUACUCUGCCGCGUUUGGUAUCCAAUUAGCGUCUUCCUGGUUGCGCAAGAUUCCACGUUGGUUCUGGGCUAUCAUCGUUACCUGCAUCACGCUUGUGGGGGCGUUGGUCGGACGUAACGAGUUCUCCACCAUCUUGGGUAACUUCUUGCCGAUGAUCGGCUACUGGAUCUCCAUGUACUUUGUGCUUCUCUUGGAGGAGAACACCAUCUUUAGAACUGCUCGCUUCCACCACUUGUACACCAAGGAGUUCCCAGCGGGUGUAGACAGCACCAUCGAGGAAGAAAAACCGUCAUCCACCGGCAGGUACGCCCUGUCACUCAGACGCAAGAAGCAGUAUUACAACUGGAACUGCUGGAAUGACCAGUCCCGCUUGACCCACGGACUUGCUGCCACGUUCUCCAGUGUUGUCGGCGCUGUCGGCGCUGCUUUGGGGAUGUCCCAGGCUUACUAUGUCGGGCCAAUCGCCAAGGCCGUUGGCGGUGAGUUCGGCGGUGACGUUGGGAUGUGGGUGUGUAUGGGUAUUGCCGGUUUGUUGUACCCUCCGUUGAGAUACUUGGAGUUGAAGCGCUUCGGGCGUUAA